AUGCAAAUCGGCCCAAUUGACGAACUCAGCAUCCUAGCAGCUGGCAAUGGCACCGCUGGUUGGGGUACUUUUCCUCAACUGCUCGACCAUUCUAAUCCUGAUCUCGGCACUUUCGAGCAGAGAUAUUGGUAUGGAACGAAGUACUGGAAAGGACCUGGAUCGCCAAUCAUUCUUGUCAAUCCUGGUGAACAGGCAGCUGAUAACUUCAAUGUGUCUUAUACUACGAGCCAACGUCUUACGGGACUUUUAGCGGAGAAGCUCGGCGGUGCAGUUGUCAUUCUUGAGCACAGAUACUGGGGCCAAUCGUCUCCCUUUGAGAGUUUGACCACUAAGAAUCUCCAAUAUCUUACACUUGAGAAUUCUAUUAAGGAUAACACCUAUUUCGCCAAUAACUUCGACACACCUUUUGACAAGACUGGGAAAAGCAGUGCAAAGGAUGCCCCUUGGAUCUUCACUGGUGGAUCUUACCCCGGUGCAUUGGCCGGAUGGAUUGCUGCUAAAGACCCUGGUACGUUCUGGGCGUAUUACGGUACCAGCGGGGUGGUGGAAGCCAUAGGCGAUUUCUGGCAAUAUUUCGUUCCUGUCCAAGAGGCGACGCCUAGUAACUGCAGUUCGGAUUUAACUACUGUCAUUGAUUACGUCGACUUUGUUCUCCUGAGCGGUGGCCCUAAGGAGAAGGCUAAGCUAAAGAACAAAUUCAAGCUGGGCAACCUGAAGGAUGCUGAUUUUGCCGCCGCCCUCGAGAAUGGCCCAUGGACAUGGCAGUCGGGACAGUUUUACUCGACGACGACUUUGGGAUACAACCCUUACUACCAAUUCUGCGAUUAUAUCGAGAAUGUUUGGCCCAAUUCUACCAAUCCUGUGCCUGGUCCUAAGGGGGUUGGCUUGGCUAAGGCCCUAGACGGUUACGCAAAAUGGUUCACAGAAGUCGAGUUACCGGGAACUUGCGAAAGUUACGGGUAUUUCAAAGGCGAAAACAAUACGGACUGUUUCCAGUCGUUGAAUGCUUCCAACCCCAUCUACCACGACCUUUCACCAGGCAACGCUGGGAACCGUCAAUGGAAUUGGAUGCUAUGCAACGAACCUUUCGAAUAUUGGCAAGACGGUGCACCCGUCGGUCGUCCUAGUAUCGUCUCGCGCCUCGUUAACAAAGCUUACUGGCGUUCGCAAUGCCCGCUUUGGUUCCCUGAGCUGGAGUACGGUAUUGCCAAAGGCAAGUCUGCCAAGGAUGUGAAUAAAUAUACCGGCGGUUGGUUCGAGAGCAACGUGACCCGAUUAAUGAUGACCAACGGUCAGUGGGAUCCAUGGCGUGAUUCAACGCUCAGUUCCAAGUUCCGCCCUGGCGGUCCGAAGGAGAGCACCCCUGAAUUUCCCAUUCGAGUUCUAGAGCAGGGUACACAUUGCUCUGACUUGUAUGGCCAAAACUGGGCUGUCAACCCCGGUGCUAAAGCUAUUGCCGAUGAGCAGGUUGCCAACAUGGCAGAGUGGGUGCAGGAAUUCUAUGACCAAAAGAAGUAG